UUAAAAUCUUGCGCCAGUAUGACUCUGGCCCACCAGAGGAUCGAGAUGUAGGAAGAAUAGUGUUUACUGGACAUAUUUUCGUAAACUUUCAUGGUCUUGUUUCGAAAGUCUUACAAUCCUCCCAGAGUUACAACGAGUAAAAGAAAAAAUAAUCCUUCGCUGGAAGAAGCCUGAUUCCUGAGCCAUCGUUAAUAACGAGAAAGCAAAAAAUUUGACAUCGGAAAUAGAAAUAAUUCACGUUAAAGUGUAUAUAAACCACUCGUCGCCCUUCGAAUACACACUACCUCUAUCAUCACAUCAUCAGCAGCUUUCAAGUACAUAAUCCUCAAAAAGACUCACAGCACACGGCACCUCUUCCGUGCAUUCAUAUUCAUACUCUCCUUCAAAGUCUUACUUUCAAAAACAUACCCGCACUCUCAGCCAAAAUGAAGUUCACAAUCACUUCUGUCGCCGCCCUCGUCAUGGCAUUCGCUCCCCUCAUCUCCGCAGCUCCUGCUCCAGGAUCCCCAAAUGAGCCAGAGCUCGUCCGCCGUUCAAACUCAGGUGACUUGACCUACUAUGAUGUAGGUCUCGGUGCCUGUGGCUGGACCAAUUCCGAUUCCGAGUUAGUCGUUGCCAUGUCAGCAGGACUCAUGGGAACUCAAUCCAACGGCAACCCCAACUGCGGAAAGAGAAUCAAGAUCAACUAUAAGGGAAAGUCCGUCACUGUGAAAGUCGUCGAUAAAUGCAUGGGUUGUGCUCGAUACGACUUGGAUUUGAGCCCUGCCGCAUUCAAGGCCCUGGCUCCUGAGUCUGCUGGACGCGUCAAGGGCACCUGGUACUUUGUAUAGAUCGCAUACCUUAAAACGGCAGAGUUGUGUCAAGAGACUAAUGCGACGUGGAAAAUAUCCCUGUUGAUACAUGCUUGGUGGUGUCCGUACAUGGAGGAGUGAAAGAUUGUGCUUCGGGUGGAUUUUUUUCAGCAUCUCAUAUCUUUAUUAUUUUCUUUUCUUUUCAUAUUUGAGAUGAUUUUUGGAUCUGAGGCUAGAGGGGGGCUAGAAACGAAGGAAGGUUAUCUGUCGUUGUACUUGUAAAAAUAUUAAAAAUACUUCGUCU